UGCUUUUGUGUUGAUAAGCCACCAAGAACUAGCUUCCCUGUCAAGGGUUGGCACCCCCCCCCCCUCCCUCUCUUUCCCCUUCUGUUGAUUUAUAUUCUCUGGUUGAAGCCUUCCAAAAGUGCACUCUCUCUGUGUGUGGAAAGUUUCUUCCUGUUUUAGAGUUUUAUGGUGUCAUGUUAGAUUCCAUUCUCAGCCAAUCGGCCGCGGAUCUGGAGAACUUGAAGAAACCUUCCAAGAACGACGAGCUUAAACUCAGUUUGAAAUCGGUCCUGGCCCAGAUUCCGCUCAGUCGUCAUGUUCUCCUCUUCGUUAUUAUUCUCUUCCAGGUUUUCCUCGUGCUGUAUAUUCUUCGUAGUCCUCAUGUAUCUUUGCCCUCCAGGCAACAACAGCUUCCGGAUUUUCAUGCCGGAGAAUGUGAGGCCGGGAGGAUUUAUGUGUACGAGCUCCCGCCCUUGUUUAAUGUAGAGCUCAAGAAUAAUUGCACCAACCUGGAUCCGUGGCAUUCCAAAUGCGAUGCGAAUUUGAACGACGGAUUGGGUCCGGCGGCGGCGCAGCUAGCCAGAGUAGUGCCGGAAAAUCUUGUUCCGGCUUGGUAUUGGACGGACCACUACUGGGGGGAGGUUUUGUAUCACAACCGAAUGCUGAGCUACAAGUGCCGGACCCUCGAGCCGGAGAAGGCGACGGCGUUUUAUAUUCCGUUCUACGUCGGACUCGCCGUGGGGAACUAUUUGUGGGGAAAUUACAGUGGCAAAGACAGGGACUGGCACAGCGAGAUGUUGGCGAGGUGGGUCCAGGAACAGCCAUGGUGGAAGAGAUCCUAUGGGUCGGAUCACAUGAUUAUGCUGGGCCGCCUGACUUGGGAUUUCCGGCGAGCCAUCGACGCCGGGAACGACUGGGGGACAAGCCUCCUCCACAUGCCGGCAAUGCGAAAUGUCAUCCGGCUCUGCGUCGAGCGGAACAUUUGGGACCCGCUGGAAGUCGCCGUUCCGUAUCCCACCAUAUUCCACCCCCGAUCCGACUCCGACAUCCUCGAGUGGCAGAGAUUCGUGCGCGGCCAGAACCGAACCAAACUUUUCGCCUACGUCGGUGGCGGACGCGAGUCCAUCAAGAACGAUUUCAGGGGGCUACUCCUGACUCAGUGCCUGAACGAGUCCGGCUCGUGCCAGCACGUUGACUGCGCCCGGAAGAAUUGCCUCGACGGGACGACGGCGAUUAUGGAAGCCUUCUUGGACUCGAACUUCUGCCUCCAGCCGAGAGGCGACGGGUUCACGAGGCGGUCGGUGUUCGACUGCAUGCUGGCCGGUUCGAUCCCGGUUUUCUUCUGGAAGCGAACCGCUUACCUGCAGUACGAGUGGUUCGUGCCGGCCGAGCCGGAGAGUUACUCGGUUUUCAUUCAUCGAAGCGACGUGAGGAACGGGACAUCAAUCAGGAAGGUUCUGGAAAGGUACAGUAGAGAGGAGGUGGACCGGAUGAGAGAGAAGGUUAUAGAAUAUAUACCCAGAUUUGUAUAUGCGAAAUCAAACGAAGGAUUGAAGAAUACGAAAGAUGCAUUUGAGACCGCCAUUGAAGGAGUACUGAGAAAGUUCAAGGAUCAUAUGCAGAGAGGGAGGAUUGCAGUUGUUGAUUAGGAAUCAAAACUCAAUUGGUGUGUACAACAAAUAAAGGAUCAUACAUUUUUUUUUAAAAAAAAUAAAUAAAUAAAUAGGGAUAUUAUAUAUAUAUAUAUAUAGUUUAUAGUUUAAAAUUCUGUUCAUAUUCGAUUGAUGUAUUUGUUUCGAUUCUUUGAAAAAUAAGAAUAAUGCUAUUGCUGAA